AACCCCUUUGGGAAAAGGAACUGUCCGCAAGAGUUUACCUUGGAGUGGCUUUUGCCAAGAUACAGUUUGUGCAUCAGAUUUCUUUCUGUUGCAGGUGUGUUGAAGCAGUAAAAGCUUCCCACUACGUAGAGUUAGCCAAUGACCUGGAGAUAAAUAAAGCCACUACUUAUCUGAGACAACGGGAUUUUAACCAGGCACUGGAGACUUUCAAAAUGUUUGAGAGAAAGGACAGCAGAGUAAAGAGUGCAGCUGCAACAAACCUUUCGUUCCUUUAUUAUUUGGAGAAGGAAUUGGCACAAGCAACAACCUAUGCAGAUUUAGCUGUCAGUUCUGAUAGGUACAACCCAGCAGCACUAACUAACAAAGGAAAUACUGUUUUUGCAAAUGAAGACUACGAAAAAGCAGCUGAGUUUUAUAAAGAGGCUCUCAGGAAUGAUUGCUCUUGCACUGAAGCACUGUAUAACCUUGGUUUAACAUACAAGAAGUUAAACAGAAUAGAUGGGGCUUUGGAUUGUUUCCUGAAACUCCAUGCAAUACUUGGAAACAGUGCUCAGGUCCUUCACCAAAUAGCAGCCAUGUAUCCUUUUCUGUGUUAUGAUGAGGGAUGUCCCGCUGUUCUGCAGCGCAUUAAAUCUGGCAGAGAUGGCAGUGCACGUAACCGCAGGGAAGGAAGUGCUGGUGGAGAUGCUGGUGGUAGCAAAGGGGAAAGGCUGAGUGCCAGACUGAAAGCUUUGCCUGGAACAAAUGAACCCUAUGAAAGCAGCAGCAGCAAAGCAAUAGACGCUUCCUACACAGACCCACUUGGCCCACAAGCAGAAAGACCUAGAACUGCAGCAAGGAAAAGAACAGAGGAAGAUGACUUUGCUGAUGAAGAACUAGGAGAGGAUUUGCUUCCGGAAUAACGUGGGGUCCACUCAAAAUCUUUUUUCCUUUUUAGCAAAGCAGAGCUUCUUCAGGGUGGUUUUGUACCAGUUUUCAAGAAAUAAAUGUUGAAACGCUUUGUGUGUA